GUUGUCCGUUGAUAGAAACGAAACGGGUACGCCGGGGCAGACUGCCGUCGGUCGCCCAUCGGAUCCAAUCUGAUCCUCACGGCCAUUGGCACUUGACGAGGCGGAGUUGAAAUUCCAUACGGCCUCUCUCUUCGCCUUCGCCUGCCCCCUCUCGUGCUCGCGAGCCGCGUCAAAACCCUAGCCACCUUCUGCCCACCACAUGCACCGCGGCAGCGACCGCUCCGGCGACCCCUCCGGCCCCGCGGGCGGCGCUCGCAGCGGCGCGGACGGCAGAUUCGCACGCGGACCCUCACGCUGGUCCGGCGGCGGCGGGGGUAGCCCCCCGCCCCACCGCUCCUCCCGCGGCGGGAGCAGCGACGGCGGCGGAGGCGGAGGCGGGAGGUUCCAUCCGUACCGUGCGCCGUCUGAAUACGUUGUUGGCGGUGGUGGAACUGGAGGGUACAGAGGCGGCGGCGGCGGCGGCGACUUUGGUGAGACGGCCGGUGGAGCGAGGAGCCGCUACGGAGGCGGUGGCAGCGGCGGCGGAGGCCGUGGAGACUACUCAGAUCAUGAUAACAAAAGUGGUUAUGUUAAACUUUUUGUUGGAUCAGUUCCAAGAACAGCAAAUGAAGAUGAUGUUCGACCUUUAUUCGAGGAUCAUGGAGAUGUUCUUGAAGUUGCUUUGAUCAGGGAUAGGAAAACUGGUGAACAACAAGGCUGUUGUUUUGUUAAAUAUGCUACUUCUGAAGAGGCUGAGAGAGCCAUCAGAGCUCUGCAUAACCAGUGCACUAUUCCUGGGGCGAUGGGCCCUGUUCAGGUUAGAUAUGCUGAUGGUGAAAAGGAGCGUCAUGGGUCUAUUGAGCACAAAUUGUUUGUUGCAUCACUGAAUAAGCAAGCAACUGCAAAGGAGAUUGAAGAGAUUUUUGCUCCUUUUGGUCAUGUGGAAGAUGUUUACAUUAUGAAAGAUGGCAUGAGGCAGAGCCGAGGCUGUGGUUUUGUCAAAUUCUCAUCAAAAGAACCUGCACUUGCAGCCAUGAAUUCUCUUAGUGGGACUUACAUAAUGAGGGGGUGCGAGCAACCAUUAAUAGUUCGAUUUGCUGAUCCGAAGAGGCCUAGACCUGGAGAAUCAAGGGGUGGCCCUGCAUUCGGAGGUCCUGGUGUCAGUUCUCGAUCUGAUGCAGCACUAGUUAUCAGGCCGACUGCCAAUCUUGAUGAGCAAAUAGGUCGACACAUGCCUCCUGACAGUUGGCGCCCUUCAAGCCCAAGCUCAAUGGCACCUCAUCAGUUUAAUAACUUUGGGUCUGACAAUUCUAUGGGCCUGAUGGGCGGCCCUGUUACAUCAGCAGCAGAUAAUGUUACUUUUCGGCCUCAGAUGUUUCAUGGGAAUGGUUCUUUGUCAAGUCAGACAGCUGUGCCGACAUCAUCUCAUAUGGGCAUAAAUCCUUCCUUGUCACAAGGGCAUCAUCUAGGUGGGCCACAGAUCUCGCCCUUGCAAAAGCCAACUGGCCAACCGCAGAAUUUCCCUGUACAGUUGCAGAAUGCUCAGCAAGGGCAGCUUCAUGCCUCACAAUCCUUGGGGCCUGGUUCUUUUGGCCAGAAUAUACCAACUAUGCAAUUACCUGGCCAGCUCCCUGUGUCACAACCGUUGACGCAGCAAAAUGCUUCUGCAGGCGCUCUACAGGCGCCUUCAGCUGUACAGUCCAAUCCCAUGCAAGCUGUUCCUGGACAACAGCAACUUCCUUCGAAUGUAACACCGCAAAUGCUGCAGCAGCCUGUCCAGCAGAUGCUGUCACAAGCACCACAGUUGCUACUCCAACAGCAGCAGGCAGCUAUACAGUCCAGUUAUCAAUCUUCACAGCAGACGAUUUUUCAGCUUCAGCAACAGCUGCAGCUACUGCAGCAGCAGCAGCAGCACCAGCAGCAACCUAACUUAAAUCAGCAGCCACAUACGCAAGUUCCUAAGCAACAGGGACAGCCGGUGCAAUCUAAUACCCCUGGUGCUCCGGCUGCCAUGAUGACGACAAAAAUAAAUGCAAUUCCACAGCAGGUCAAUUCGCCUGCAGUUUCUUUAACUUGCAAUUGGACCGAACAUACCUCACCGGAAGGUUUUAAAUAUUACUACAAUAGCAUAACUCGAGAGAGUAAGUGGGAGAAGCCUGAAGAAUAUAUACUGUAUGAGCAGCAGCAGCAGCACCAGAAACUUAUUUUACUUCAACAGCACCAACAAAAGCUUGUUGCGCAGCAACUUCAGUCACCUCCUCAGGCUCAAACUAUUCCGCCUAUGCAAUCUAUGCAACACCAUCCCCAGUCACAGCAAGGACAUAACCAAAUGCAGAUGAAACAGCAGGAUUUGAAUUAUAAUCAGUUACAGGCAACUGGCACGAUUGAUCCCAGUAGGAUUCAGCAGGGAAUUCAAGCUGCUCAAGAGCGUUCUUGGAAAAGUUGACUGCAGGUGGACGAAUGAUGUGUCAGCCAAGACUCCAGUCUCAGGAAUGUGCUCCAGCAAAACCUGCCGCUUCCGUCUGUGACAGUGUUUUUUGCCUUCGCGCGGAUGGCCAUGUUGACUCUUGCGGUCAUUGUAACUCUGAAUUUAGCUUAGAUUAGUGCCUAGAUUGUAGAUCCUAUGUGUGUAAAAUGUUUGCAGUCUAGGCCUUGUAUCACUGUAACAUUGCCGAUUAGAAUGGCAGCUGUGAAUCGCUGUAACAUUCCGUGUUUUUAUUUACCUUUUUUAUGGCCAGAAUUGAUGUCCUCAUAUGCAUCAGCAUUGCUAUUUUUUAUUUUUUA